AAAACCAUCCAUAAUAAGGAAGAAAAUUAUCACGUACAAACCGUAAGUUGUACAAUGGACCCGGAAAUAAACACUACACCUCUACCGGUUGAGCUGCUACAAAGGACCUUUGUUUACCGUGAUUCUCAAGCGGUUCAAGGCACUUCCUCCUUGUAGCGAGAGUUCUUGAGUCGUUUGCCGUCUGAACCAGGCUGGUCGCCUCUUUUGCCUCCCUCUGUGAGAAAUCUUCAAAGGAUCAUGACCACCAGGUUUGAGGUAAUUUUCAUUCUUAGUAUCAUUGGAUCUCUUGACUAUUGAACAGAAACACGCUGCGACCCUCGAGUUAUGAGGAUUAGAUUUUUACCUCCGCAAAGUAUGAGAUACAUGGAAUCUCGAUCGUUGCAAGAGACAACUGCCGAACAAAAUAUGUUUCACAAAAGAUUCUUCUUUCUUUAUACGUUUCCGCGGUGAAUCCUUAUUCUUCUUAUUGACACCAAUGGCAUGACAUGUAUGAGCUACGUAUCUAGUGUAUCUAGUGUAUGUAAUUGUGGCAAUCGUUUGUCUUAUUAUAUUCCGUCCUACAUAAUUUUUUCAUUAUCUUUGCUUCAAAUUUUGAUUAUUCAAAUGUAUUUGAGUUGUCAUGUGUGUGUCAUAAGUGCUCUGGAUUGUUCAGACCAAAGCUACCCAAGAAACGACGAAGAGGUCAGCUAUUUUUCACAAAAAUUGCGUAAGUUGGUUUCACUCUGGGGUUAAGCGCUACUAAAAUGUCUUGUGUCAAAUGAAAACAUAAGCACAAGCAUGCACAGAUUAAGGUGGAUAAACUUGGCUGCCCCAUAGAUUUCGUCACGUUCACAAAAGUUGAGAGAAGGGUUCAGCAACCUGAAUAAACAGUACAACGUUAGGCUCUUUACAAGAACUGAUAUCUGCGGAAAUAUCAGCAAUGAAAAAUGCAAAAUAUUAUGUCCUUGAGGCAAAUAUGUUAAUAUGUGUCUUUGCUAGUAAGACAGCUAAAUGUACAAUAGCAAAACAGGCUCAAGUUGUCGAAAGCUGAGUUUUAGCAAUUCUAUCAUUUUUAUAAUCCUUCAGAGUUAAUUUGAAUUAUUAAAAACUGAACCAUUAGAUAAUGCAAUUCUAGAGCUCUGAUUGGCUUAGCUAUCAUAGUAUAUGAGCCAUUAUACCAUGCUCUUCAAAUAUGGUAACUGUACGCGUCUGCUCAAAACAAGCUGAAAAUCGGUUAGUUUACAAAUUAAGUCGCGAAGAAUUCUCGAUAUUUUGUGGGCGUUUUUAAUAAAACAAUUAUUCCCACUUACGCUGGUUGGAUAUCUGCUACGCGCCUUGUUGUCAUAUAUAUCUAUUUUGAACGAGCACCUGUGCUCUUAGGGGUUAACGUGGGUAAAUAAAUUACUGUAUUGUUGUAUUGUACCAUCUCACAUCCAACGUGCACUCAUGGAAUAAUUGUUAACUAAAAUUUUUCUUAUGUUUUAGUCAUUCCAGGUUGCAUUUCUUGUCCUUCUGCGCAUGACCCAGCUAUGGGCCUUUUCUGAAGGUCCGCCACUGAGCACGUGCGAGACCAUGGAGCCAAAACAUCACACCAAGGCGCAAUUAAGCCCAUCACCUUACAACAUCUCUGUGUCCCGAAAUUCUUAUUCCACAAACGACACCCUUACAGUGACUAUCAGUGGAUUGGGAUCACAGAAAUUCAAUGGAUUCAUUUUGCAAGCUCGUGGUAUGAACAGCUCAGUGGCUUGGCCAGUUGGAAAAUUCACUGAAAUUCCUGAAGAAGGUGCGAUGAGAAUUUCCCUUUCCCAUUCAACUUAAAGAUCUGGGCCAGGUCCCUCGAAAGAUGGUUAAGUUUAACCCAGGAUUAAGCCAAACUUUAAGUAACGGUUUCGUUGGUUCACUCUCUAACAGCUUCUAAUAACUUAAGUCUCGAUCUGUUUGCUUCCUAGGUGCUCAGUUUGUAUUCUGCUCUGGAGGAGACCCUACGGUAAUAAGUCAUUUGCCGUCAUUGCGCUUGUUUAGACCCGAGCAGUUCCGCAGGGGCGGAUCCAGGAUCUUUUUUAUGAGGGGGUGCACUCGUCUCUUGCUCUACUUCAAAACCAAUAAACCACAAAGUUUUUUUGUUUUUUUGCAGAAUACUUGUUGUAUUAGAAAACCGCAGGUCAUCUCAGGGAUGGGUGCGCACCCCCUGCACCCUUCCCCUAGACCCGCCCCUGUUCCGGAUCCAGAUCUUGAGAUAAGGGGAGGGGGGGGGGGCGGCUCUCAUCCAGACCCUUAGAUAAGGGAGGGGGGGGACCGGUCUCCAAAAACAUUUUUUUCGGCCCUUUUGGCCUCAGUUUGGUCUUAAAAUAAGGGGGAGGCCGUGCCCGCAGUCCCCUCUCCUGGAUCCGCCACUGCCGAGUAAGUUACCUGUUUGGUAGUAAUCUGCAACUUGAACCGACGGCUGUAAACUAAAAUCUCAGGUCUGGAAAUCUUGGAUUUGGAAAGUCUUUUAAAACAAGUUCAUCUUGAAAGACAGCUAGCUAUUACUCUGGUGAAAACGUAGAAAAAUUGCAAAGGUUGAAUUUCAUUUUUCACGAAGACAAAAGUCAAGUGUAACUCAAAGGCAACUAAUAGUCCUUGUUUACUUAAGCUACAUGUAUGAUCAAUGUUCAUGAGAAAAAAAUAUUGUUUUCUUUUUCAGAAUACAGUUGGGAACAACAAUCCUAAAAAACUGAAGUGGACUUCCCUCGAUUUUAAAUGGAAGGCUCCCACGAUGAGCGCUGGGGAUAUAAUUUUUUUGUAAGAUUAAGUUUUAAUAGGGGUAGCCUGUGAUAAAGAAACAUUUUUGAAAAUUUCUAGGUAAAGCGAAAACGCAAUGCGAGAGCAAUUUCGCUGCUACGCCUCCUCCUCCUCCUCAUCGUCGCUGACAAAUUGGAUGGAGAAUCAGGUUUCGUCGUCCGCGCUAGGUUUUGGGACAAUUUUGUGCAUAGAUUGCAGAGAGCAUGGACCCAUUUCUAGCAAGUCCCAAAAAUUUUCGGUGACUCGGAAUACUGCUCAGUGUUUUUCUUUUUUUCUGCUGUAAUGUUUACAUUCAAAAACUUAAUACGUUGAACUAAAUAGCUUUGCAUGCAGUUCGACAACACUAGCAGUUAAAAAAACGACAAAAUGUACUGGCUUGUGCAUGAACUUGGAUCUCAAAAUAAUUUAGGUUACCAAGCCAGAGUCUUCAGCUGGACUGAUCGUUGCGUUUGGGCCAGGGAAGAUAAGAUCAAUACAUAUCAGGCAAAAACAUAUAAAUCAGUGUUCAUUGUCUUAUUGUUGUUGAGAUGGUGUGUUAGUGUGGUCCUUCAUACAUUGCAUUACGUGUUCCGGCGUCGUCCGCAAUAUCAAAAAAGUGCCAAAAGCGUCGUUCAUUAGCGAAAGCUUAUGCAUUUUAAGUUGUUUCUUGCGUAUGUUCAUUUCCAGCGCGACAAUCACUGAAAACUACACAACAUAUUGGGAGAAAGUCAAAUCAACUGUGAUAACCGGACCUCCAGCUGAAUAUGUAGUACGAGGGGUAUCUACAGAGAGUUUUCAGGUAAGCCUAACAGGUCAAACUCUGUCAAAUUAACGAUACCUUGUAUCACAUUAUAGACGAUCAUGUCUGCUUUUGGCGUGGUUUCCAGUUCUGUCUACGCAAGACGGGCGGUAUUACGUUCUUAGCAAAUACAUGUAGCACACAUCGCGAAAGCUAUGCAGAGGAUCGUUUAUUUUUCAAACAAGAUAAUUUCGCCCUCAGCUUCUCCUCUUCCGGUGCGGCUUGGUCAUGGCACGGAAAGUAGGAAGAAUACAAACUGCAAAGCGCCAGCCACUUGGAAAAGUAGGGAGCUUGCAGAAGGACGACAGUUUUUCGCCGUCUUCUGCACAAUUACGACGUCCAAUUUCCUGACACGACGUGUUACUUUGAAGCUGAACCUUAUUCGACGACGAUGGAACUGCCUUUCUCUUUUUGGACUUGUGGGUGGCCCCUAACAAUUAAACUUAAGGAAACUUCGUCUAUAAUAGACAAAUUGAGGACGCAAAUUAGUCGUGGUCGUCAAGAUGGUUGUGCACAGAAGAUACUAUCCUACUCUACUUAAAACAGGAACGUUCUCCAGAAAAUAAACCGGCAGAUUUUGUCCACAGGCCCAAAUGUUAGUAAUAUCUUACGUUUUUUUGAAAGGAAGAGCUGAAGGAAGUGGCUUUUUUUUCUCUCUACAGAUUGACAAAACCGGAUGUGGUACGGCCAAAGGAUGCUUCUCUCUUCCAUCCGAUUGCAGAGGAAGUGACGACUGUAAUUUUCUGUUUACAUAUCAAGUUUCUGGAGGAAAUGUUUUCAUGGAAAUGAGUGCUAAGCAACGCUGGGUUUCAGUUGCAUUUAAUGAACAGCAAAAGAUGGUAGGUAUGACAGCAAUAACGAAGAGCGGUACAAUUCACCAUCGCCAACCCUGACCACAAUCAAUUCCCACUUGCAUGACAUACAGUAAAUGACGAAUGACUCUCGUCUGGAUGCUUAACAAUUGCUGAAAAACGCUUUCUAGUGUUUGCGUUGUAAUAUAUCAUUUGUUAAUUGAACAAAUACUACUUCUACUAUUCUUGUAAUUCUUCUUCUUCUUCUUCGUCGUCGUCGUCGUCGUUCUUUGUCUUCUUCAAUUUUCCUUCUUUCAUGUCUUCCCCAACAAUACAUGUGCACUCUUUUUUUCUAGAAAUAUAAUAAAGUAAAAUGUAGUUUCAUUGACUUAAAGGACAAAAUGGAUUGCAUACUGUGUGCCACCAUGGCAAACGACUCAGUGGAAUUACGCCAUUAUUCUUCGCGUCGCCACAGCAUGGACAGGCAAAUUUUGGUGAGAUUACUAAUAAAGCUAGUUUAUCUGAAAUAGGUGACCGUUUGUAAGACAUUGUAGAAAAAAGGGGGGAUUUAACUUUCCUCCAAACAUCUCCGUCCAUCACCGCUAUUGGCUUUCCUAUUUUUGCUUUUGUUCAUCUACCGUACCAAGCACUUUUUUCAUGCUACAUUUACUUCCAAGAAUGGUCGGUAGGAUAUUUUACUAUCUGAAAUUACGUAACCUACAACCUGCAGCCAUGUUCCGAACUAAUCCUCUGGGAGUUGAACUCCUUUCUUAUUUAAACACGUUCUUUUGUUCCAACAAAUUUGCAUCGAUACAUGGCCAUGUGAGUGAAAAGGCUCAAUUUUUUCGUCUGUGAAUGAAAUGGUACGACAGUGGUAUAAAUAUUUAUAGAACCUAAUGAAUGGACGAUUAAAAAAAAUGUUGCUUUACCUAUUUUAGGAGGUAUGUAAAAAAUAUGCUGAGCAAAAUCCAUAUCAGCUGACAAAUGCACAGUAUUAACGGUUAGGGCGUGAAACUCCGAGUUACAACUUUUCAUCCUUUGCAUUUGUUCAGUAUAGAAUUCAUAAGUAGCUCUUCAUCAUUCGACUGAAACCUAUUCAGCAUUUUUUACUUUCUUAGGCUGCAUUAGUGCCAUAUAAGUGUACACUUUAGAGUUAAAUUAGCUAACCUCAAAAAAAAUGUUUCAGGCUGGCAAUCACGACCUUGUUUUGAAUACGAUAGGGUAUGAGGAUGGCACAAUCAAGUGCAGGUGAGUUUAAAAAAUCUCUGCGCAACUCUCUCGUAAUGGACACCUCUCUAGGACGGGCACCUGGUGUUGGUCCCUGCCGUUUUUCAGUCAUUUUACUGUAACUAUACUCCCUAUAUGAAGGGCACCUCUCUAAGACGGACAAAGAACACUUUUGAAACCGUCAACGGACAAUUGGGAAAUGGCUGAGGGUAUACUGUUGCGCUAUUAGACAACGAAACCGUUAAAGUUUGCUUGUAAUGAACGUUUAAUUGCAUAAUGAGACAAUUAUUUGUUUUAAUUAGUUUUCUGUCACUAUUUUCCAGUUUCAGCUGUUUUGAACAAGUUAAGCAGACGUGUGUAUUCAUUACGGAUAGGUUAAGCUUCAAAAAAUUGCUCGUAUGACGUUACCUCCACUUUCUAUAAGCCGGACAUAUCUCUAAGACGGACAGUCAAGAACGGUCCCGAAGGUUUCCGUCUUACAGAGAAUUGACUGUACUACAGGGCAAUAUCGUCUUAUCAGCUCUGUAGAUAUGCUAACGGUUAGGAGAGCUGUCUAGUCUGUCUACCUUUUAUGCGACUGGACCAGCCGUUUGUGUUUGCCCCUUCAGUUUGCUAGUGCAUAAUAAAUAUUUUUAUUAUUUCCCUUCCAGGGUCACUCGUAAAUUAACUUCAAAUGCAGCUUAUUUCAGGGAUCUGACCAAGAAGUGGUAUAUUCUAUUUUCUCAUGGACCGACAUGUACGUACUAAUAAUCUGCCUAAGCGAUAUUUGUGUUAAUGGUAGGUUCUUGGUAAUCCGGAAGGGUGCGAUGACCAAAUGACGUAAUACAAAGGAAUGAAACACACUGAAUAAUUAAUAAUUAUUCCUCGAGCCCGAAUGGGCUCUGAGUCAAUAGCUAUUGACUCAGAGGCCAUGAGGGCGAACGGAAUAAUUGUUUUAAUAAAAUCCAACUAGUUGGUCAAAAAUAUCGAGACAAAGCAACUUUAGCUAGUUAAAGCUAGACUUCAAUCCUUUUUUGCCGCCCAAAAGCUGGCGCUUUUCGCUACUAUAGGGGGCUUUAACAUAUAGCCCAGUAGUAGCUCAACCAAUCAGAACGCACCAUUGAUAAUAGACGACUAGUUGAAUUUUACUAAUACCCAUGAUGCAUGAUGUGUUUUACGUGAUUUACCCCUCAGCAAUCUUCCGUAAGUCGACAUCUACACUAGCAAUGGAAAUAGCCAGCUAUCUAACGAACUUCAAGUUUGUGUUAAUAGUUUGGUGAUAGGCCACUUCAUAGUUCCAAAAGCUCUGACUUUGAAGAGGAGACCAAAUGCGAAACCUUUCUUUUGAAAAUGAAUUUUAUUUGCAUGAGAAUAAAGAAUCUUUUUCAUAUCAAUAGCUUCGCACUUAGCCUCGCUUUGAAACAGAGGCUUGAGGAAACCCUGAAAUGCCCCCUUGAUGUUGCCACAGGUUUGUUUCAAGUGUUUACGUUAAAAGCAUUUUACUUUUCACGUGUUUUUGUUGAUUUUUGUUUUCAGCCGCUACCGGAAGUGGGCUGUAUCAUUCAAGAAAUCGAACAUUCACUGCUGAAAGAGUGGAUAUAUCUGUUCCUGCGAUAUUGAUAGACGGACAAAGCCAAAUAAAGAACAUUGUAGGAUACGAUUUUAAUUGUUAAUUCCAAAUAAAUCAUCCAUCCAUCCAUUAAGUCAGUCAGCCAGUCAGUCAGUUAGUCACUCAAACAGUCAGUCGAUAAUUCAUUCAUUCAUUCAUUCAUUCAUCCAUCCAUCCAUCCAUCCAUCCAUCCAUCCAUCCAUCCAUCCAUCCAUCCAUUCAUUCAAUCAUUCUUUCCCUUCCUUCCCAUCUUCGUCUGUCCGCUCGUUCAUUCAUUCAUUGGUUACUACCAACCACUUUUAACCAGGCGCCAUUCCGAAAUGGCUAGUUCGGAUCUUCUUAGAGACAAGACAGAACAAAAAACAAGUAUUCCCACUAACAUCAAAUUUUUGAAUUUGUUUUUAAUUAAUACCGGCUUUAAGUAUUACUGAUCAGAGAAGCUGUAGGAAACACUUGGAAAACUGGCCCAUCUGAUAAAUAGAUAUUUGGAAGUCAUUGAGGAAGAGUAGAUUCAACCUACUUUUCGAUCUCUAGAUCUCCGGCUACGCCUUGCAACAAAAGUCGAGUUAAAAGCCUGGUAAGUCUGGUUGAGCCAGACUUACCAGGCUUUUGAAAAACGAAAAGCAAAAUUGAAAGCCUUGUUGAGCCUGGUUUUUCCAAGCUUUCGAGGUAAGCCUGGUUAAAUUUACCUCGAAACUCUCGUAACAUAAUCCAAUUGAAAGUCCCUCGAUGCUGAUGUAUGGCGUCAUCUUAUUCUCGUGCUCAACCAUUCUUUAAGUAAAAACAGACAAAUAUAAAGAGAAACCAACCUUAAAACUUUCAUAUUCCUAAUAUCACAGAUCAAUAAAGACGGAUGCGGGAAGACAAAAAGCUGUUAUUCUGAGCCUGCAAACUGUAAAGGCACCAGUGACUGUGACUUCCUUGUGACCAUCAGACCCGUGAAGGGUGUGGACUGCAGUGAUGACAACGGCGAGGUGGAAUUCGAACUUAGUACCAAUAAGGAUUGGGCUGCUAUUGGCUUUAACAAAGAGAAAAAGAUGGUAAUGAGGGGUACUAACCAUCUAUAUGGGAAAAUCAAAAAUUCUGAAUCGAAAAUCAAAUGGUUUGCUCCAUUCCGUUUGGGAAGCUUCGCAAAAUAUGGACUGUGAUUUGAGGCGAUGCAAUUUUUUGGCUUUUUUUGUACCCUGUAGCUGGCCCUUCUCCCACCACGUCAAAUUUCAUAGUUUUAUUCAAAAUAUCACCGCCCAGGUGGUUUGUGUAAAUGUUAAGCACCCUAGGUCCCCAGAUCGAGGUAUAGGGUGUAAUCAGCAGAACAGUAAUUGAACAAUGUCAUCAAAGAAAGUCAAGGUGUUACGUAGUAUCAUUCACAUCAACAUAUUUAAGAACGUAAAUCUAUCAAAUUUUUACGUAUGGUCUUGGAAAAGCUAUAAAUAGUUGCAAGUUUUGCAGUUCUUCAUAUCACAUGAAUAUGACUUUGAUUAAAGUCGAAAUAUUGCACAACACUUUGUAUAAAAGAGUGCGCGAAAGGUCUGCUAAACGCAAUUUUUAUUUGGCUUUUUCCCACCUGUUUUUUUUUUGUUUUGGUUGUAUUAUGUGACUGUUUUAAGGCUGGAACCGAUUCUUUGAUCUGUAUGAAAGGAAGACAAAGGAAUUAUCUGCGGCACUUUGUGGCUGACAAUGGUUACGGGACACCCACUAGGACACGUCCAGUAAGUAUUUCACAUCAUUCACUGUGUGCUUAAGUAUGAUGCUUUUUAAUGCCUUUUCAGUAUAAACUGAUCAGGCGUGCAGUCAAGAUGGUAACAAGCUCUAAAUUUGGGUGAUAUAAUAGGGAGCUUAGGCGGUAACACGGCGACGGCAACGAGAACGGCAAAAAAAGCAAUAGGAUUAGAGAAGCAAAACAAUAACUUUACACGUGCAUCACGCUUUUUUGUACAUUUCUUUGCCGUUGUUGCACGACUACGACGUGAAACUUCCUAAUUUCAUGUUUUGUGAAGAAUGUGAACACACCGGACAACGAUUUUGUUUUUCUUCUCCUAAACUUUGAUACAGUCCUUUAGGAUUCAACUCUUCAAAAAUCUGCCAACAUUUGACGAAUUAAACGAGAUGGAAUAAUAAAGUUUGAAGCAGCGUGAAACUUUUCAAGUGACGUUUUUGAAACCGUCGCCGUCGUUAUUGCUUAAGCCCCCUAAUCAACCUCGUCCCCAGGUCGCUUUUCCCGGGCUUUGGAAAAGCGCCCCAGGACGAGGUUUCCCCCUAAUGCAACACGCGCGUGGCAAGCGAAAGGAGACGCGCGUUCCCUCGCCGUCCGGGACGUUGCUCGCCUCUCGAAAUGGAGAGCUUGCUCGCUACCAUCUUGGCCCUCAGAGCCGAAAACCCAUGAAGUCAGUACUCGCAUUUUGCAUUAUUUAGCUACCUGAUAUUUGCUAAGUAGUAUUUACUUGGACAUUGACAGACCCAACCUUCAGCAUUCAUAUUACUUGGUAUUACUCUCUGGCUACGUUUUUAAACUCCCAAAAAAAGAGCAAACUACAAAAAGUCAGUCUUGUUGGAUUCUAAAGAAAAGAAAAGAAAUUCAAUAACUCGUGUAGAGCCGAUCACCCCUACAGCCUACUUCUGAUUGGUUUAAAAAUUUGUUGGUUUUUCCCUUUGUUUGUGAUUUAAGUAUAUUGUACCGUUUAAGAAACUAGUCGAGGUAUGUGUCGAAACGAUGGCAAUCUGAACUGGCUGGAAUUCAACUUCAGCUUUCCAACAAUUACUUGUGAUACUACAUUUCUUUUUACAUAUACAUACUUCUUGAUUUCAGACACCUUCCUCUUUAGUUAAAACAUUAGCAAAAUCAGAAAAUGGAGUGCUCAGCUGUCGGUAAGUCAAGCGCAGUUUCUUGGUGUGGUCCAAUAACUACUUCAAAUAAAAUAGCUAACAAAGAAUGGUAUUACUUUCUCCAACACCCAGAAUCAACCGCGUUUAGUUUCAAGUUAAGAUAUCCGUUAUAAUUUAUAUUUGUUUUUUCUUCUGAGGCGAUAAGUCUGGGAGAUGAAUUUUUCUCAUAUAAUAUCUCCUUUUUUGACUUAUAGUUUUAAAAGACUGAAACGGGAUCCUAAGAUGGUGGAUCUAACGCAGCCAUGGUAUCUGGUUUAUGCCAGCGGCCCCAACAGUACGUAGCUUGCUGAUAGAUAACGACAGUAAACUGCUAUUUAACAAUUAUUCCACGAGCCCGAUGGGCUCUGUGUCAAUAGCCCAUGAGGCCGAAGGCCGAAUGGGCUAUUGACUCAGAGGCCAGGAGGGCGAGAGGAAUAAUUGCUUUAGUAAAAUCCAACCAGUUGGUCAAAAAUAUCGAGAAUAAAAAAAAUUUAGCUACUUAACGCUUUUUGUGGCUUUUUUUAUUUGUGUUAAAAGUUCUAAAUAUCACACCUACAAAAGCUUUCAUGUUUGAUAGGAAGCAAGGUGGAAUAUAAAAAAAGCACAGUCUGUCGCACUAAAUAAUUAAAACGACUGACAUUUACUUGCUGUUCAUGCCAGUCCUUUUCUUUUUUUAAAAAAAGAUGAUGAUGGAUCAAUAGGUAUUCAUACUUCAUCGCCUAAAACAAGUCCAGAGAAGAUCAAAGUAUGUGAAAUUGCGACUCUGGUUGGAGAAAAGAAGGACACGACCCUGAUAAAAGUGCACGGUAAGAUUCAUUUUAACCCUUCAAGCCCCAAUAUCUACAUACAAAUUCUCCAAACUGGUCUUUAUACAUUUCCUUAAGGAAUAAGUUGAGAGAAUUUGGUAGAAGAUCAAAGCAUUUUCCCUAAGGUGAUCAUCUUAUUAACUCUCAUAACCAUUUCUCUUGGUAACAUAUGGAUAUUGUUAGGAGAAAAUUGAUCUUGGUCACUAUUGGGACUUACAGGGUUAAAGCAGUAACUGGCAGCUUAGUUGUCCCAAUUUAAUUACAUACUUCGUUUUUAAGGUUUGAAAACAGAUCUUUUCCUCUGCAACACUGUAUGUGAAAUUAUUGUGAAUUACUGUCGUUGUAGGCUGUUUAAUGAUUAUCGCGUGGGUUGGCUCUGCUUCUGUUGGAAUUUUCAUGGCUCGUUAUAUGAAGGUAGCAUUUGGUAAAAGGGAAAUGCUGGGUACCAAAGUCUGGUUUACGGUAAGACAUGACGUUACUCAAUUAAACCUAAGCAAACACCGGUGUGAGUAAUUUUUUGAGUGUCAUCUUUACUGAAGGUCUUUUUUUAAACUUAAAAUUUGGUCUUGUUAGACCACUUAAAUAGCUAUUUAUAAACAAUUCUGCUAAUUUUUAACUGUCAAUAUUCACUUUGAAAUUCAUUUAAAACUUGAAUUUUUUAGGACAUCUUCGAAACACUCCUUGCAUUUUGCAGUGAUCGGGUCGUCCUGUCAAAUCAUGCAGCUCAUCAGUGCUGGAAUAAAAAUGCCACAUCUUUGAAAAAGGUGACAGGCAUUUAACUUUAAUCACUUGAAUUGUACCUAAGUGGUUGUUUUCUUUUUGUUUGACAGUUUCAUCGAGCAUUGUUGGUCUUCACAGUGCUGGUAACAAUCAUUGCGACUGUCAUCAUUUUUAUUCACGCCGGACACUGGGUAAGUUGAGCACUAUCCCAACCUCGUCCCCAGGUUACUCUCCUACCCGUCCCUCUCUCGCUUCGUAGGGAGGGGUAGGAAAUAACCCUGGGAACGAGGCUGGUACUAUCCCUAAAAAUAGUUCUUUACGUUUGAGGAACAAUAAAAACGCUUAAUAAAUAAAUAUUUAAAUAAAUAAAUAAAUAGUUUGAAGGAGUGGGUUUUUAAAGAGGGUAACGACUGAUGAGCCAAUAUUUAUUGCAUAAUUGCCGGCUAACGGUUAGGGGUUUUUUAGUGCCAUGCGUGACUGUUUCUAUCAAAAUUAUGUUUUGGCUGUUAAUGUAAAUAUAUCAAUGACAUUUCUCUGUCCAAAAUUAGAGCCCAAAUUUAGUACACAUUUUCAAAAUGAAAUUCUACUUAGGAUUAAAAAAUGGGAGCAAGCAAAAGUUUGCAGACUGUUGGCCAUGUUGGUUAUGUUUUUAUGUCCGUCUUUUCAUAAGUCUAAGCCUCUCUCUUCUUUUUUCUACUGUUAGAUGCCUGGUGCUCAUACUGUCGUUGGUAUUAUUGUGUUGGUACUCGCUGUCAUUCAGCCAAUUAUGGCAUGGUUCCGACCCCACCCUGGAGAUAGCAAGUAUGUGAGCUGAACCUUUUUCUUCCUUUUUCUUUUGUUCUAAUUAAUUGGCAUAGCUGUUGGCCACGCAAGUGAAAAGGCUCUUUUACCCAAAACUUUCAUUUCUCCUUCGGAGUUACUUUCUUUUGUCAGAUGUCUAUCAGAGGCACUUUUGGAGAAGGACCAUUUUCGGGAAGGAAAUAUCAAACUCCAAACGCAAGAGUCAGAAAACCAGAAACUUCUGGUGAAGUGAAAUCUCGCGCGUUGUAAAAGCAUACUAGGCUUAUUUAGCAACAGGACGGGGACGUCAGUUGACAACGGCGCGUGCAAAUCAAACAAUUCAACUGGCUUGACCAAUGACAGAGCGUUAAAUUAAGCACCGGAAGUCGUGUUUAGUCCUUUCCGCGCGCUUUCCCGUCGCCAACUGACGUUCCCGUCCUGUUGCUAAAUCAGCCUACUAACUAUGGUAAAACCCAGGAAUUCACGAUCAAUACGUCAUCACAGAAUAAACUCGUUCACAGUUUUCCGGACUUACAGGGACACAAUUUUCGCCAGUCUGAGGCACUUUGAAGGUUCAAAUAGGCUCUGAUAAAUUGUGCGAGGAUAAUGGUCGGAAUAAUUCGUCUUUUUUUCAAUCAAAUUUCUUUCGAUAAUUUCUUCAUCAAGUCAUGUAAGGGUUUAAAUAAACUUAAGGAAAAAAUUUACUACAUAUACACCUUUAACUAAGCGAACUUCAGGAUGCUAUAGCUAGCGAUCUGAUGUUAGUAACUGUUGGUUUUCUCCUACCCCUCUAGCCGGUACCUUUUUAAUUGGGCGCACCGUGGUGUUGGUCUCUCUUCGCUGGUUUUGGCUGGUAAGACAUACUAACAAAACCGUGUUUACUCGAAUAAGCACCUCGGCACUAACUUACUUUUUCAACUUUCUCGGUGCUGCGCUUAUUCGCAGGCGGCGCUUCUAUAAAUUUUGUUUAUUUCCAAAUAAAACGGGUUCUCCAUAUUCUUCCUUUGGUUUACCAUGUUUUGUUACAAAAUGAUAAGUAUAGCCAAGUGAACAUUUCAAAAUAUAGCAAUAACUAGAAUAUGAACAACAAGCAGUUGAACCUCUAUUAAGCGACUACCUAUUAAGAAGCCACCCUCCAUUAAGCGGCCAGUAAUCAAUGUCCUGAAAUAAUCGUAGAAAAGAAUAGGAACUUAAGCCUCUUUUUUGAACGUCCACCUCUUGGCCGUCCCAACGAGAGUUAUCCCAUUGUUUACGUCUCUAUCAAGCGGCCACGAAGCGCUCGAUACACUUGUUUGGCUUUAUUUCACCAAUAUGAUGAAGGAAAUACAGUCUGAGAUAGAAGUUGAAUACCGAAUGUGGACCAGUAAGUUAUGCCGCUCCCAUCGGGUGCUUGUUUCAAAGUAAAGUAAUGUUUCUACUAAAGAUUUAGCUUAUUUUUGACGAACCUCUAUGAAGCGGCCACACGCCAGUACCCCAAGAGUGGCCGCUUAAUGGAGGUUAAAAGAGCGAAUCAGUCAUGUGUGUAUAAACAUAUGUUUACUAACAAUGACAAUAAAAAAUGGGUGCAUUUUAGCUGGAAGGGUGCGGCGCUAAUUCGGAGACGACGUUUUUUUUUUGGGGGGGGGGGGGUAAAUACGGUAAUUGUGAAACUCAUCCAUAUUCUCAUAUUUGUUUCGUAGUUUUCUUCAAAAAGUUUUUUCCAUUUAUGUACGUAAACAGCCCAAAUGGUUUUUUUGGCCAAAUCUGCAACCCUGAGAUCUCGUCAAAACCCAUUUAAAUCGGCGUCAAUCACAUGAAAUAACAACUUUUUCACUGAAUCUGUGCAAGAUUUGCAACGCAAUUGCCUAAAAAACAUUUUAUUUUUUUCUUUCCUCUGUAGUGGCCGCUGUGUUUCUUGGUAUUCGCAUGGAAGCAGCAGGGCUGGAUGACUCGCCUCUGUACGCCAUGAUUGUGUAUUGUGUAGGCGUUCCCUUUGUGAUUGUGUUUGAUUUUUACAUUUCCCUGGAGAAGAGUGACAAAAAGAAGGAAAUUUUCAGCUUGACAAAGGAACUGAAUCCGGGUAAUUUAAUCAGGUUGCUGUGUUUAUUCCCUUCCUCUAGCAUUGUAAUUAACAAUUAUUCCUCGAGCCUGAAUGGGCUCUGAGCCAAUAGCCUAUGAUGCCGAAGGCCAAAUGGGCUAUUGACUCAGAGGUCAUUUAGGCUCGAGGAAUAAUUGUUAAUUAGUAAAAUCCAACUAGUUGGUCAAAAAUAUCGAGAAUUAAAAAAUUUUAGCUAGUUAAAUCUAGGCUUUAAUCUUUUUUGCCGCCAAAAAGCCAGCGCUUUUCGCUACUUGUGGGCUAUAACAUAUAGCCUAGUAGUAGCUCAACCAAUCAGAACGCGGUAUUGAUUAUAGACCACUAGUUGGAUUUUACUAAUAGAUAAUACUGGAAGCCAAGCUUCCUCUGUUACCAGUCGACAUUGUGGGCUUUACCGUUGUAAAAAACACGUUGCCUGGCAAAGGAGAGUGUAAAACGCGUUGUACAUCUUAUAUUUUCACAACAGGUGAUCAUGAUAAGCGGGAACAGUCAGUAGACAAGGUGGGUGUCGAGUUUUAUUAGGGAGCUUAAGCAACGACGUCGGCGACGGCAACGAGACCGGCAAAAAAGCAAUAGAGUGCUUUCACAUGACGUCACGGCGGCCAUAUUGGUGUCCCAAAACAAUGAAACAGCGGCCAUGUUGGUGUCCCAAACUAAUCCUUAAUUGGGAGUUGAACUCUUAUUUUAUGCAAACGCUUUCUUUUGUUCUUAUAAAUUUGCAUAGAUGCUGGCCACGUGAGUGAAAACACUCUAUAGGUUUAGACUGGCAAAACAACAACUUUGCUCGUACAUCACUCUUUUUUGCACAUUUCAUUGCCGUCGCUGCACGACUACAACGUAAAAAUGCUUAAUUUCACGUUUAGUCGAGGACGUGAACACAAGACAACGACUUUCUUUUUCUUUUCCUGAACUUUGAUACAGUAUUUUAAAAUUCAACUCCAGAAAAAAUUGCCAACAUUUGACGAAUUGAACGAGUCGGAAUCAGUAAGUGCAAUAAAAGUUUGAAAUAGCGGGAAUUCACCUUUUAAGUGACGUUUUCGUAGCCGUCGCGGUCGUUGUUACUUAAAUUAAGCUCCCUAUUAAUACCAUCUUACGAGCUGCCUUGAAAUGUAAGCCGCUUUAUGCAUCUUUGAUUUACAGGGCAAUGAACUUAACUUAACUUCGACCUGACCUGGGCCAACGAAACUUAGAUACUUGAAAUGAUGUCCUCGGUUUUGAUUGAUUGAUGAACUUCAAGGUCAGAGUUCUUUGUCGGGAACAACUGACCAGUGAUGGGCUGAUUAAUGUAUGGAUGCGCUGUAAAAUUUUGAGGUUAGAAAGAAAACGAAAUGAAAACAAUAUUACUUGGACCGUCGGAUUAAAAACGUUGAGCUUGCAAAAAGGGCUUAUACGCGCCAAUAUAGCAUCAAACUUGGCUGAGACUGGUUAACCUUUUUUUGUUAUUCUCCAUUAUUUUUCAGUCUGUUUCUCUCCGCCGUUUCAUGCUGGGCUUCUUAGUUCUCCUUGUGUCCUGUGUAGUGAUGGCGCUUGUGCUUUUGAUAGCAGUCUCAAAAGAACAAGAAAACGAAAGCAAUCAUGAUCAUUGAAUUGACCAAAAAGUAAGUAAACAUUCACUUGGGGAUGCAUACAUGUUUUCUCUGGUGACCUGAGGGCUUUACUCAAAUUAGCUAUUCACUCUAUAAGAGCUGAGAGAGAACGGUUACCAGCUUUAGGUGCUGUGAUUUCUUGGAUAGUAUGGUAAGGCUAGAGAUUGCUAUUGUUCAUCCGUGGAAUCCAAGGCAACCAUUAACCAAUUAUUGUUUAUAUUUUGAUUAAAAUUAAUCGUUCAACUACACGAUCUCAGAGAUAGGUGUGGUGGAAGCUUGUACUCAUUCUCUAUGUCGUUUAUGUUGUGGCAAUAGCACCAAUCCUCUCGUUUGAACCGAGCCUACACUAACUAGCUCUUGCCCAUGCAUCUUAGGAUUUAUAAGUAACUUCAAAUUGGCUUCAAUGAAACGCUUAGUUUUAUUAGUGCCAAUUUGUUUAUUUAUUGCAGGUUGGCUUUCAUACAGUAAACAGUGAACGUAUUUCCUGCUUCAUUUGGGACAGAUAACCUUUAUCAGCUUUAUAACCCAGAAGAAGUAACAUAUAAAGGCAGCUGAUGAAUAAAAGCUUCUUGAUUUACGUUUUAUGGUUUUUUAUUUACUUAUAAAAAAAUCCUUUUGAUUAUUUCUUUGAUUUGCUGUUAGAUUAGCCACAAAAUUAAGACAGCAUUAGUAUUCACUAGUAAGUGAAUAAAGAGUCAAACAAAAAUUUAUGGGCAAUUUCAAGUGCCCUAACCGUUAAGGAGCAGGAAAGAUUACAUCAUAUUUAGUUAAUGAAUCUUGAUAAACAUGAAAUCGGAAAUUUAAAAUUAAAUAUACUUAUAAAUAUAGCUUUUAAUAGCAAAAAUCAUCAAUAUCUGCGCAAUACACGAGAGCUCGAACAUUUUGAUCCUUUAUAGCCUAGAGUGUUAUUCUUGUAAUCAACCAUUUUUGUAAAAUUUCGCCUUCAUUUGGCACCAUUUAGUUAAUGAAACUUUUGACGGUAAACAAACCAAUACUUUUUAUCCUAAAAAAGAACAAAUUCCGCUACCCUUCACUGUAAAGAGAAUGUUAAGGCGCAAUAAAGUUUUACUGCCUUCGUUGGUCUAUUGUAAGUAACAGGGGUGUAAUAUAGAAAAUUGUUAUAGUAGUCGAAGUUCCUAAGCACUAAAUAAAAUGUUGAAAUGAAUCGAAAGAAAAUGAGGCUUAUGCCAUGAUUUGUACCCCAGCAAAGAGGAACUCGUUUUCUGAGUGCACACACCGCUGCAUGGUCCGCUUCGUUGCAGAAAAUUGGAAACGGUUCUUUAUUGUUCGUUCAGAAACAAUACAGCAAUAAUUCAUUGAGAAAACACAAACAUAAUUAUGUUGAAGAAUAUUCUUGCAAUCUGUUAGAAACUGCGGAGUGUAAAUUUUCUCCAGGGUUUCUUGAUAAAAAUAGACGAAUUCAGAGUGAUCGUUGGCGAAUGAACAAAUCUACAUGAAAUAAUUUUUAUACUCUUUUUUAUUUGUUUUUGUUUGCUGGUGUAUGAAGUCAUGCAGUGUGAUCACUCAAUCAAUUCUCUUCAACAUAUGGGCAUUGUUUGUUUGUUUUUAUUUUAUUUCCUAAAAAAAUCUAUGAUUUAAGUGUAAGUAUGGUGUUGGAAAUUGUUUACCAAAAAUAAUGGGUUAUAAUUUACCUGUGUAUGGGACAGUUUGCGCAUCGUCACCACUCCAUCAGAAGUAGUUAGCUCAUUUGAAUAUUUUACAUUUUUCUUUUAAACCUGUGAUAAUAAACGAAUGACGCUAUUGCAAUUAUUCCGGCUUUGCAUUCGUAUUAGUUAAACG